AUGGAAACUCUGAAACUCCCUGGAAUGGACAUGCACUUGAUUCACCCGCUGGACGCGGCUAGCAUCAAACAAUUUUCGGGAAUGCGCCAUUUAAGCCUGAUGUCUGUUUUCCAUGUUGCUGUUGGGCCCGCUAUGGGCCUUGUACCCGCAAGCCAGAAAUUCCUUACCGAUCCCGAUACUGGUGAUUUCAAGCGGGAAUUAUCCAAGUUGUUUAACGGCGAGCUUCGGAACUUACAGAGUCUUCGGAAUUAUGCAUCUCUGAUGGACCAAACGAUCGAGACGUACUGGUGUGAGACCUUUCCAGAAUGCGAUUCAGAAGUUGAAAUUGGUCUUGGAUCCUGGAUUUUCGAUUUCCUUUCUCGCUCGAUGGGCGCUAUGUUUUGGGGGAAGACGGCCCCUUCGAAGAUGCCAAAUUUCGCAAUCACCUCAGGUAGACUUUUCAUUCAAAAUCUGGAGGCCUUGCGCAAUCCAAUUCCGUGGCUGGUACCAUUUGAGCUCCGUUCAGCCCGGAAAGUCGUUCGUCAGAAGAUCGAGCAAUGUGUUGAAAAUGGGAAUUACGGAAGGAAAGAAAAGCAGGGAGUGACGCUCUUUGAGCGGCUCGAUUUUCUCUACGAAUCCCUCGAGAUUCCUCGAGAGGGUUUUACCGACUGCCAUUUGGUCGCAAUUGUCGGACUGAUGUCCAAUGUCAUUAACAUAAUAACAUGGGCAUUCUGUGAAAUUGUGGCUGAUUCAGAGCUAUUGGUGUCAUUGCUGGCUGAGAUUGAAGCCAUUGUUGAUGCUUCAUCCCCCAACCCGGUCACUGAUGUUGACCAAAUUCGAUGCUCCUGUCCACUUCUAGUGGCAACAUGGUACGAGCUUUUGCGUACAUAUGGUGAUUCUCCCGUUGCACGUGGCGUGCAUGAGGAUAGCGUCUUCCACAACAAAUAUCAGCUUAGGAAGGGCUCGAUUAUUAUGACUCCAAUUCAUCUGCACAAUUUCAACAUAGACAUAUGGGGAAAAGACGCAGAGAUAUUCCGGCCCAGUCGGUUUCUCCAAAAGGAUGGAGAAGUUAGACAAGACCUUGUCAAGCAUCUCAACGUCUUCGGCCUCCCUGGCAUGCACCAGUGCCCCGGGCGGUACCUUGGUAUGAAUUUGACACUUGGAAUAUUGGCCAAGGCUCUCCUGGCCUUCAACUUUACGCCGACACCUGGCGAGGCUCUCGGGCGAGGGAUCCUUCCCGCGCGAAAGGAUACUAUGUUGGGGCUGGCGGCUCUAAGUCGAGAUCCCAGGUUCAUUGUGAGACGUCGCGAAGGAAUUCGAGCAGUGCAGCUUAAUUUUGAUAACGUGAGGCCUGGGUGGUAG